AUGAGCGAUCAACUCAAAUGUUUGGGUGAUCGGACUGAUGUGCAGCUAAGUAGUUUGUCAGAGUUACAGGAUUAUUUUCGAAAGAGAGGAGAAAUUGAGAGCGAAUAUGCGGCAAAACUGGAGAAAUUGUCUAAAAGCAUAGCACAAAAACACAAAUCAGAAAGGAGCAGAAGAGAUGCUUGGCCACAACACACUUGCAGCACAGUUUGGCACACUUUAGUUGAGCAGACAAAAGAGGAAUCGAAAAAGAGACAUAGUCUCAGCGAGUUGUAUAGCAAACAGAUGACAUCGAGUAUCGAAACAAGAUGUGAAGAUUUGGCAAAAAUCUCCAAACGAUGUCGUGAAAUCGGCUCAUUUUCUCAUACUGAGCUCAAUCGGGUUCUAAACGAGCUGCAGACUGCCAUGAAAACUUAUCAACUUUGCUAUGCUGAAAUGUGCGGAAUCGAGCGAAAAAAGAAGUCGGCGGAAGAUGAUGUGAGAAAAUAUGAAGAAGCGAAUGCUGAGAAAUUCGAAAGUUCGAGGAGGCAUCGCUCACUUGUCAAAUAUUAUAAACGACGAGAGGAAAAAUUUGAAGCAGUUCGCCUUAAAUGUAUAAAAGCGCGAAACGAGUAUUUGCUUUGUGUAAAGGCGGCGAAUGCUGCUCUUCAUCGCUUCUUUGCACAAGACUUAUCAUAUCUCAUCGAUUGUAUGGAUUUGGGUAUGGAUUUCUGGCUUCGUGCUAUUCUUGAAAAAGUGAUUGAUGAGCGUAAACGCAUCACACAGCACGAAAUGGAUUGUUUGGCGGAGUUGGGCACAUUAAGAUCAUCGGUGGACGCAAAAGCCGACAAGCAGAGAUUUUUCGAGGCAAAUCAUCAGCUUUUCAUGUUACCCAAAAUGUUCGAAUUCAGACCACAGUUGGGCGAUACAAUUUGCGAAGUUUCUGCCGAACAAAACUUGUCCGCUGAUCUUCUCCAACGGCAAAUGCAAAUUGAAAAGCGACUUGAAGGUCUUCAAUUUGAAAUUGACGAGGUCUGGAAGUCGCUGGAAGCCUCUGAGAAACAGCUUCUAACGCUCUACAAUACUGCGUUUGAAGGAGAUGCCACAAAGUGGAGAAAUGAUCUAUAUGUAACAUAUCAAUACUAUUUGAAGAAGUUUGAGCUGUUUCUUCUCAACGGUAAUCUUAUGGAACGGCUUGAAGCAAGAAGCGCAGCAAUUGGAGAAGCUCUGGCGAAAGUAGGAGUUUCUCUCCAAACCUCACCGAAUGGGCUUCUGACCGACGCUAGAAAUGGACCGCCAUCGGAAAAUGGUCAUGCUCAUCCACAGAAAGACGACCGACGAUUGAAGCCAAAAAGAAUUGGUGGAAUUGUGGACAAGGAUCAGGAACUUCGACCAAGACCGAAACUUUUUGGUGGAAGCCUCGACGAAUACGUUGAAGCCACUGGUGAAGCAAUUCCGCUUCUCGUUGAAUCGGCAAUCAGCUACUUAUCGCGAUUCUCGUUGCGAAAUCAGGGAUUGUUUCGAGUUUCUGGAUCACAAUCAGAAAUUAAUCGAUUCAAAGAAGCUUACGAACGAGGAGAAGAUCUUUUCUCGUACCUUGAAGAUGGAACAGAGUCAAACUCGGCGGCUGGUGUACUAAAGCUAUACUUCCGCGAGUUGCGCGAGCCCAUAUUCCCGAUAUUCAUGUUCGAGCAGUUUUGCGAUUGUGCAAAAGCGGAGUCGUCAGCCGAAUUUAUUAAAAAGGUGAUGUUUCAUCGGAAUCAUAAGGAACUUUCACAAUUACGCCAAAAUGUGAUAUUAAAUAUAAUGCAAAUACGGUAG